GUUAUAUUUUUGCUUCUAUUUUAAUGCUGAAUGACCUUGUCCUGUUAGGUAGAGCCCUAGCCAAACCCCCUGUGAAUAGCCCUAUAGUAUAUGACCCGCGUGUCACUGUCACUCUUCGUCCAUGUUCAUCUAAUGUUUUCAUAUAUUCCUUACAAUGAGCGAAUCACUCAUCGCCGUAAUCUGUGUCAGUGACAUAUUACCUCCUAAUACGUAAACUACUGAAGUUGUGAUUAACUGGGAGUUAGUUCUAAGGCUUGAAGAAUCCAGAUCAUCUUGUCUAUCUUCACUAAAGCCUACCAAUGUGCCAUUGGUCUCAACCUCUCUUCAACACUCCUACUUUUCCCAGAUAAUUAGAGGAACACGCUUCAUCAAUAUAUCAGGAACUCGGUGACGCAUCCUCCCAUUGAAUCUCCACUCAGAUCCCUACCUAUUUCUUGGGUGGAGUGUUCGCAAUGUCGCUCAAUUAAUGAAUGAAAAUGCAGAUGGGAACAUAGUUGAUUCAUGCGUGUUUCUCAUUGCGGAUGAGAAAACAGCAGAAGAUACACUCCUGUUGGUGCAGAGUUCGGAACAGGGAGAGAAUGAGGACAGACUUGCACUGAAGUGUGUGGGUGUUGCUGCUGAACACGUGAAUACUGAAUCAGUGGCUGUAUCAGUUGCUAUAAAAGACGUGGAGGAGUUAUUGGGCUCAGUUUAUAGGGAUGAAAUUAUAGAGGUGGGAGGGAAGACGGUCAUAAGCUACCGAAAAAGGGAGGGAAAGCGCCAAAGAAACAGUUAUGAACUGUACCGGGAACAUGAGUUGUGAUGUGCUUUGAGUCCUCCGUGUCAUUCUGGUCAAGCUGCCCCAUUAGUACAUAGUUUUCUGCUGCAAUAUCUCAAAAAGGAUGUGAAAUGCGACACCAGGUUACUCCUAAUAAUGUGGGCAUAUAUUCGAGGGCCUUAUUGUUGGGAAGUAAGGUCGUCCGUCUGCAUACAGUAGUUUAGCGUUUGAUCAUGUGCAAAUGGCCGUUAGACAGCGAGUGAAGGAGCAAAAUCCAUUAUAAGCGUCGGAACAUUCAUAACAAAGAGGCCAAGUCGAUCUCAGCACUGUUCACCAACGCCUCUUUGGGAUCUCCCGGAUUAAUCUUAGUGGCCGUGGAUAAGCCCAGACCGGACCAGGUAAACACUUCCAGGGGGAAGUU